GCAUUUAUAUCUUAAAGGUCAUAAAAUUCUCAAUAAUACUACUGUUAACACUGUAGAUUUUUAUAUUCGGUAUGGUGCCAAGACUGACUUUGUACCUAAGGUAAUAAAUGGAUUAGUAAAGUACCUCCACCUCGACUUCGUUGGAUAUAAAACUAUUAUUGAUAUCACUUGUGAUCAUCAAAUUAAUGAUGAAGGGGG